AUGACCAAAGGAUUAACUGUCGCUACGGCUGAGCAUAUCCGUGUUCCCGAGACCCUCUUGAAAAAGAGGAAAGAUCAGGAAAGGAUUGCGUCAGAGAAAGCAGCCGCUCUUGUAGAAAAACGAAAGGCCGUCAAGAAGACCCGCCGCGUAAUCUUCAAGCGCGCAGAAGCGUACGUCAGAGAAUACAUUGCUGCCGAACGUCAAGAGGUCCGUGCGCGUCGUCAAGCGAAAGCGAAGGGUAAUUAUUAUGUUCCUGCUCAACCAACAUUGGCUUUUGUCAUCCGAAUUAAAGGUAUCAACCAUAUCCCACCAAAACCUCGCAAGAUUCUUCAGCUCUUGCGUCUCAUUCAAAUCAACAACGGAGUGUUUGUCCGAUUGACCAAGGCAACCAAGCAAAUGCUUCAAUUGGUUACACCAUAUGUUGCAUACGGAAAACCUAAUUUGAAAUCCGUUCACGAACUCAUUUACAAGCGCGGUUACGCAAAAGUAAACAACCAACGCAUUCCUAUAAAUGAUAACUCUAUUAUUGAGAAACAUUUGGGCACUUAUGGUAUUAUCUGCAUCGAAGAUUUAGUUCAUGAGAUCUACACGGUUGGACCAAAUUUCAAACAAGCCAACAAUUUCCUUUGGCCUUUCAAGCUAUCCAAUCCUAAUGGUGGCUGGUCUACCAGGAAAUUUAGGCAUUAUGUUGAAGGUGGUGAUUUUGGUGACCGGGAGGAUAAAAUUAAUGAGUUGAUCCGCAAAAUGAAUUAA